GCGGUGCACCAUGGGGGCUGCAGUUCCCCUCCCCUCGCUGUCCCGCCUUCCGCCUACGACUCCCAUGGCGCAGUUCGGGUGUGGGGGUGAGACUACAGCUCCCAGCAGACCGCAGCGCGGCUGGCGGCGGUGAGGCACGCCGGGAGCCGUAGUCCCGCCGCACUGCCCGCCCUUCCUGCGGCGCGGGUGGAAACCCCGUGCGGGGCGGCGCGGCGCUCUUUCGCGGCGCCGCCAUUCCGGGAGCAGGUCGGGGAGCCGCGCGGCGCGGCCGGGCUCGCCAUGCAGAUCUUCGUGAAGACCCUCACGGGGAAAACCAUCACCCUCGAGGUUGAGCCUUCCGAUACCAUAGAAAAUGUAAAAGCCAAGAUCCAGGAUAAGGAAGGGAUUCCUCCUGAUCAACAGCGACUGAUUUUUGCUGGUAAGCAGUUAGAGGAUGGACGCACGCUGUCUGACUACAACAUUCAAAAAGAAUCAACCCUUCACCUUGUGUUGAGACUUCGUGGUGGUGCUAAGAAAAGAAAGAAGAAGUCUUACACUACUCCCAAGAAGAACAAGCAUAAGAGGAAGAAGGUUAAACUUGCAGUGCUUAAGUACUACAAGGUGGAUGAGAACGGCAAGAUCAGUCGUCUGCGCCGAGAGUGCCCCUCUGAGGAGUGUGGAGCAGGAGUCUUCAUGGCUAGCCACUUUGACAGACACUAUUGUGGCAAGUGCUGUCUGACAUACUGCUUCAAUAAACCAGAGGACAAGUAAAUGUACUAGACAAUAAAAAUCUGAAGUUCUGUA